AUGUCAACAGCAAGUCAAGAUCAAGUUCAACACCCAAAAUAUCAACAAUGGGAGGAAGAAGGCCAAUCACAAGUAUUCAGAUGGUAUAACCAACUCAGUCAAGAUGAAAAGGCUUCAUUUGAUAAUGAUAUCGAUCAAAUAGAUGUAAAAGAAAUAUCAACAGUUUAUAGCAAAAUACUUGAUGAAAGAGUUACACAAAAAGUAAAUCUUACAUAUAAAGGAUUCAAGAAUGUACAAACAUUGGAUUCUAUUACACCAGCAAUGAGAGAUGAAUGGGAAAAUAUUGGAUAUAAAAUGAUUGCUGAAGGUAAAGUUGGUGUUUUACUAUUGGCUGGUGGACAAGCAACUAGAUUGGGUACAACUUUUCCAAAAGGAAUGUAUGAGAUUGGAUUACCAUCUGGUAAAUCAUUGUAUCAAAUUCAAGUAGAGAGAGUCUUGAGAUUACAAGAAUUGACAAUGGCCAAAUUUAAUAUUAAAACUAUUCCACCCAUUAGAUGGUAUAUUAUGACAAGUAAAGCUACUCAUAAUGAAACUAUCUCAUUUUUUGAAAAGAACAAGUAUUUUGGUCUAUUAAAGGAAAGCUUUUUCUUUUUCUCUCAAAAAAUGAUUCCUUGUCUUACUCCACAAGGAAAAAUUAUCAAUGAAUCAUCAUCAAAGAUAUCAUUAGCACCAAAUGGAAAUGGAGGAUUAUUUAAAUCAUUGGAAAUAUCAGGAGCAUUAAAGGAUAUGAAGACAAACGGUAUAGAAUAUGUAUCACAAUAUUGUGUAGACAAUGUAUUGAUAAAGAUGGUUGAUCCAUUGUUUGUUGGAUACAUGAAAAAGGAAAAUGCCGAUUGCGCAGCCAAGGUGGUUGCAAAGAUCGACCCCGAGGAGCCAGUUGGUGUCAUGGCACUCGAGAAUGGAAAACCACGUGUAUUAGAGUAUAGCGAGAUUGAUACAGAAUCGAAAUUAUUGCGUGACGAGAAUAACAAACUCGUUUUCAACUAUGCUCACAUUUGUAUCAAUGGUUUCUCGAGAGAGUUUUUAGAACGUAUCGCCAUCGAGCACUUGGAUUCACUGCCAUACCACAUUGCAGUCAAAAAGAUCCCAGAGGCCGAUGAAAAUGGAGUGCGUCAGACACCAUCACAAACCAAUGGUUGGAAGCUUGAACUUUUCAUCUUUGACGUGUUCCCCUAUGCAAAGCAUAUGGUGUGUCUAGAGAUUGAUAGAACUGACGAGUUCUCUCCACUUAAAAACAAUGCUGGUAUGCCAAUCCCAAAAGAUUCACCAGAGACUUGUCUUCGUGACAUUUGUGCCCUCUAUCGUCGUUUUAUUGAACGUUCAAAUGGACGUGUUGAUAAUGGAAAAUCAGAUCUAUGUGAAGUAUCUCCUCUUGUCUCUUAUCAUGGUGAAGGUUUAAAGGAAAGAGUAAAUGGUAAAACUUUUACAUUACCAUUUGAAUUAAAUUAA